UCUAGUGAUCAUCGUUGUCCUUUACUUUGUCUAUCGCUAUAGUCGCCAUGGUGUUACUCCUGUUGAUGUCAUGAAAAGAGUGAAACCAUUGCUGGUAGCAUCAAUACAGAUAUGCUAGUGAAAGGUUUUUAUAAAAACACGAAACAAGAAAUUCCUCAUCCCGAAAGGAUAAAUGAAAUUUUGGAACCUAAAGACUAUCCCAGCUGGAUUGAUGAUAUUCAUGAAAGCAAAUAUGGAAGUAAAAUAUCACCAACAAAAGUGCAUCCAAGAAGAAAAGAAAGAUUUUCAAGGUCUUUAUCUCCAUCCAUCUUCGAACAACAACUCUUUUCAAGUGAUCAGUCUUUUCCUCAAGUUGCUUUAUCACACAAGACAAGAGAUGACGCAAAAGUUGAUGACUGGUAAAAACAUAUGAGUUGGGACUUAGAAAGCUCAAGCACUGAUGUAUUGGAAAGCUAAGGAAAUCUUGGCAUUAUGUAGAUGAGUCUUUAGAAAAAAAUUGCCAGUUUCAAACACUGCAAGAUUUUCAUCAAAAGAUCCAUUCAUCCAUCACUAUGGCUCUGGAAAACUUGUGAACAAUACAGCAACACCCCACCUAAACCAUUCGCCCAAAACUUUUGCCAGAAAUCAUUUACACACAAAGAAAGAUUCUGUAGAUUCAAAUGAUACUAACACAAUGAUUAGACAAAGUCCAACUGGCAUAAGAAUGAGCAGAAGAAAUAAAGAUAAGUCUAGUAAAUAUGCUUUUCAAAUAACUCAUACUACACCUCAAACAACCCAUACUGUAACUCAUACUAUACCCAAAUUGUACCUCAGACCACCUAUACUGUACCUCAAGUGACCCAUAGUGUACCUCAAACCACACGUACUGUACCUCAAACCACACGUACUGUACCUCAAACCACCCAUACUGUACCUCAAACGGCCCAUAGCUUACUUCAAAAGACCACCAAUAGUCCACAUUCAUACCAUAGCUCCAGCGCCAGUGCCAGACUUCAAAUGAUCAUUGAUACUGCUGAGGAUUCAAAGAAGGAGAGAAAAAAUACUCAAUAUCUCAAGAAAAGGUUAGGCAAAAGAGACUUAAGUCAUAAACUAUCCACACACGGUACAUACAAUCCAUCAAGUCUACGGUCUUCACAAUUCAUCGACGAUUAUGGUGAAAAACAUUCAUUUUUGAAUAAACCGAAACCCAAUAGUCUUUCUACAAAUACGCUUUUAAAAAUUGAUCGAACGAACCUAGAUUCUCCUGCAUCUAAGAUUAAUCCUCAAUUUAAGAUACAUAAUUUAAAAUCCGGGCUCAGGAUGAGAACUAAAUCCGUACCUGCCUUGAAGGUAAAUAGAAGAUUUUCUGUAGAUGCAUCUCGAAGUAAUCUUUCCGAGGAAAACGUUGAAAGAGAAAAAAGAACGGUUGAAGCAAUUGACAUGAAUAACGAGAGACGUUAUUGGAUCGACGCGCGAAUUUCUAACGAGAAGAAAUAUUUUGAAGAAAGAACACAUUCUUUUAAAAAUAAACGGGAGCAACAGGAUAUAACAUCUUCAAAUGAUGAUUGGAGAUCUUUAAAUACGGAUGUACUUGUAGAUAGUCCUCGUAUGCCUUUGUUUAACGCAAGUCCCUCUCUAACUACCGAAAGUCUUGUUAGUGAAACUAAUUCAACGAAAAGUUAUCACACAUUGAUCGAGAAUCUUGCUUUAAAAACCUCAUUUCUGGCGAGCGAUAAUGAAUCACAAGGAAGUGGUUAUCUAAAGCUAGCCGUUACAUCCCAUCGGGAAGACAAAAAUGACAGCGUUGAGCCGUUGUUUUCUGGUUAUAAUGAAACCAGAUCGUGCUCAAGAGCAGAUAACAUUGAUGCGUUUCCUCGAUUUUAUACCUCAGAGGAAUCUCGACCGAUAAAACCUUUUACAAAUAAUCACCUGAUAAAUGACAUCACCAAUGAAGAAGAUCGUUCCUCCAUAAGUGAAGAUGGUUUUGCGGAAAGAUCUGUUGAGUCUUUAAAGACAGCCACGUUGACAAAUAAUCAGCUUAUAAAAGAAGAUCGUUCCUCGAUAAGUGAAGAUGGUUUUGCAGAAAGAUCUGUUGAGUCUUUAAAGACAGCCACAUUGACCAAUAAUCAGCUUAUAAAAGAAGAUCGUUCCUCGAUAAGUGAAGAUAGUUUUGCAAAAAGACCUGUUGAGUCUUUCAAGAAAAUGCUGUUUACAGCGCAGCGUCUUACUUACUCUGAAGAUGAAGGCAAUAAUUGUGAUGGUUUGGACCAACAUUCUUUGACAACGAAGAAUAAGGAAAACUGUAGCAAUAACACUCCCUCAGAGGUUUCGUCGACCGUUAGUCAAAAUGAGGGAAACGAUUCUUUAUCAAGAGCGUACUUUCAUCUUGCAAGGCUCAAGAGAUUAGUGUCUGCGACCAAAGAAGUUGCUUCAUGGUAAUAAUCUUUAUAUAAGAAUAUUAAGUUCUGUAAGAGCGACUGAGCGAGUUUAUAAAAUUAUAUUCCCGUUUAAAUGCAAUGAUUAUUGAGUAAAACGUGGCUUCUACGGGAUUCAUCUCAGGAUUGAGUACGAAUUGAUGUAAUAACUUUUUGAAGAAACAAUUUGGUGAAAAAGAACUCUUCGUAUUAAGAUUGAUUAUCAUCACUUUACCAUCAAAAUUGCCGUCGUUUCAUUUCAAACGUAUUUUUCUUUAAGUUGUAGACUACUGUGAAUAUUUACAGUAGAAAACCUAAGAUGCAAUAUUAUGAAAAGUUGUCGAACCGAA